AUGGUUCGCACUGUGUUUGUGAAUCCCUUCAAGUCUCACCACGUCGACGAAUUUCCAGGCGUCCUCGUGCCUCUUGAUGAUUCGACCCAUCGCGCUUCUAUAGUCUCCACCCACCCACGCGCCUCCCUCGAUACGUCAGAGAAAGCGACAAAAGACGAAGAGCCCAACGACCUUAGGCGACCUGACAGUAGUACAUCUAGUGGUGUUAUUAACCAUGGCAUGACGAUUGCAGCAUUAAAGGCAGAGAUUGAAGCAGAUGUUGCCGCCUCAGAUACCGACACGCCAUAUGACCGCAAAUCCAAGGUUAUCAACAAAGCUUUGCAGGAUAUGGGCAUGGGCCGCUACCAGUGGCAGCUUUUCGCUCUAUGCGGUGGCGGUUGGAUGGCUGACAACUUGUGGCUGCAGGGUGUCGCCCUUACACUACCGCAACUGAGUGCUGAGUUUGGUGUCAGCGAGACGGAAGUCAGAUACACUACGUUAUCGCUCUUCCUCGGUCUCUGCAUCGGCGCAUCCUUCUGGGGUACUGCAUCCGAUAUCGUCGGUCGUCGUCUCGCUUUCAACUUCACCCUUUUCCUCGCCGGUGUCUUCGGUCUUGCAUCAGGAGGCGCCCCCAACUGGAUUGGCACAUGUGCACUCUACGCAUGCAUCGGUCUCGGUGUUGGUGGAAACCUUCCCGUCGAUGGCGCCUUGUUCCUGGAGUUCCUGCCUCAAACAUCAGGAAAUCUCUUGACGCUGCUCUCCGUCUUCUGGCCCGUUGGUAACUUGAUUGCAUCGCUCUUGGCUUGGGCUUUCAUUCCCAACUUCUCGUGCCCUUCCGAUACUCCCAUUGGACAGUGCAGUAUGGCUCACAACUGGGGCUGGCGAUACCUCAUUUUGACUCUAGGUGCGAUCACGUUCUUCAUGUUCGUUUGCCGAUUCUUCCUUUUCCAUCUCUACGAGUCACCCAAGUUUCUGCUGUCUCGCGGUCGCCAGGCUGAGGCCGUCGCCACCGUUUACGGUAUUGCGCACUACAACAAGACCCACACCUGGCUUACCGAAGACAUUCUAAACCAAAUCGGCGGCGAUCAAGAAGUCACCGGAGAAGACAUCAAGCUCAGCGUUUUCGAAAUCGUCAAGCGCUCCCUCAGCCGUUUCUCGAUGAAGCGCUUCAGGACUCUGUUCCAGGAUAAGAAGAUUGGUCUCACCACCGCUCUGCUUUGGUUCCAAUGGACAACUAUCGGUAUGGCUUACCCGCUCUUCAACGCUUUCCUCCCACAGUACCUCGCCAACUCGGGUGGUGAUGUUCAAAACGACACCAGCACUGUGUACCGUAACUACGCCAUCACUGCCAUCGUCGGUGUUCCCGGAUCAAUCAUCGCCUGCUACACUGUCGACAUCAAGCAUGUCGGCCGCAAAGGUACUAUGGCCAUCGCUACCGUCAUCACCGGUGUCUUUGUCUUCCUCUUCACCAUCUCGUCCGACUCUGACUUCCAGCUCGCUUUCACUUGUCUCGAGGCUUUCUUCCAGAACAUCAUGUAUGGUGUUCUGUAUGCGUACACCCCCGAAGUCUUCCCAGCGCCCAUUCGUGGUACCGGCACGGGCAUGUCUAGUUUCUUGAACCGAGUUGCUGGACUGUGCGCGCCAAUCGUUGCCAUUCAGGCUGGUGGAAGUAACCCCAAGGCGCCAAUCUACGCUAGUGGUGGAUUGUUCAUUGCGGCGUUCUUCAGUAUGUUGAUUCUGCCUAUCGAGACGAGAGGCAAGCAGACUUUGUAG